AGAAAACAGGUUUUCUGAUUAACUGUUAUACGCGGUAAUCCAACCCACCGAAUCACAGGACAGACGGGGACAAUAUAGUCAACUUCGGACUUGAAAAAUUACUAAUAUUAGAAGGCUGGGAAUUGAAUUGGAUCUCAUCCUCCCUAUAUAUUUGAUGGGCACAAACCACAGUCCACACACUGCGCUGCCGCUCAAUUCUCGCUUCUUCGCUCAAUUCUUUCUCUCUCUCCCUCUACGCCAUUGAUUUGAAAAUAUCUUUCUCAGUCUCUUCUCUUAUAAAUUUUGUCAAGAGACUUCAACAAAAGAAGAAAACAAAGCACCGCAUUGAACGUGCCUGACUUUUAUCUUUUUCUUCCUCCUACAACAAGAUCUGCGUCAUUUCCAGUUUAGAGUGAGGUACAAUCCUCAUCAGCUAAGAUGAGUUUGAGUGAUGGGAAGAUUCAUCCAGUGAGUUCUAAUGGAGACAUUAAGGACAAGCCCUUCAAGAUCUUUGUGGGUUAUGAUCCACGUGAAGAUCUCGCAUAUGAAGUCUGUCGCCACUCCAUUUUGAAACGAUCUUCAAUCCCUGUUGAGAUCACACCAAUCAAACAAUCAGAUCUGCGGAAGGAUGGCCUCUAUUGGCGUGAAAGAGGGAAGUUUGAAAGCACCGAGUUCUCUUUUUCUCGGUUCUUGACUCCACAUUUGGCCAAUUAUGAAGGUUGGGCAAUGUUUGUGGAUUGUGAUUUUCUUUACCUUGCUGACAUUAAGGAGUUGAGAGACUUGAUUGAUGAAAAGUAUGCUAUAAUGUGUGUUCAACAUGAUUAUACUCCAAAGGAGACAACGAAAAUGGAUGGAGCAGUGCAAACUGUGUAUCCAAGGAAGAACUGGUCUUCCAUGGUGUUGUAUAAUUGUGGGCAUCCCAAGAACAAGGUCUUGACACCUGAGGUUGUGAACACAGAAACAGGUGCUUUUCUUCAUAGGUUUUCAUGGCUUGAGGAUGGUGAAAUUGGGUCCAUCCCAUUCGUUUGGAAUUUUCUUGAGGGACAUAACAAGGUUGUCGAAAAUGAUCCCCAAACACGCCCCAAGGCUGUACACUAUACUCGUGGAGGACCAUGGUUUGAGGCUUGGAAGAAUUGUGAGUUUGCAGACCUGUGGUUGAAUGAGAUGGAGGAGUGCACGCAGGAAACAAAGAAGAAAACUGAAAAUUAGAAAGAAUCAGUAGCCGACGUUCUUCGUUUUAAGUUUGAGAUUCAUUAUUGAAGUUCAUUCUAUCCUACUCUAUUUUUUUAUUUAUGUGAAAUGUGUUAAAUAAAUCCCAGAAGAAGUUAGGAUGAGUUUACUAUUGUUACUGUUAGAACUGAACUAAAAAUUUCUUCUACAUAGACCUUAGUUUGUUCAGAGGGUUUACAUUCUGUCUUCUGGGCUGAUAUUUGAUAAUCUUUGUAAUUCUAUUUUUUCAGUUUUUUCAUUGGAACCAUAGAAAUAUAUUUGUAUAAUUUGCAAUCGUCGGUGUAUAACUGCUGAUUGAUGAAUAGAAUGUGUUGCAAUAUUUUAUCAAAGGAA